GUCAGCACAGUGUCUGUGUCCCGGCACUUGGGCGGCGAGCUGGGUGAACCGGAGCCCGAGGGCUGAGCAGUGAGUGCUCCGGGGUGGGGGUCAGACACUGAGUGAGCCCGUGCUGUCCGUGUCCCCUCCGUGUCCGCGGGUUGGAGGCGUUCGGGUAAAUAGUGAUUCCAUUUGCUGAACAUCAUGGAGGACGGGAAGCCAGUGUGGGCCCCGCACCCAACAGAUGGCUUUCAGCUGGGCAACAUCGUGGAUAUUGGACCUGAUUCUCUGACAAUAGAGCCAUUAAAUCAGAAGGGAAAGACAUUUGUGGCAGCUAUAAACCAAGUGUUUCCUGCAGAAGAAGACACCACCAAACAUGUGGAAGACAACUGUUCUCUGAUGUACUUGAAUGAAGCCACCCUCCUUCAUAAUAUUAAAGUGCGGUACAGUAAAGAUAAAAUAUACACCUACGUGGCCAAUAUCCUGAUAGCAGUGAAUCCAUACUUUGACGUCCCAAAACUUUAUACCUCUGAAUACAUUAAAAAAUACCAGGGUAGAUCUCUAGGAACACUGCCGCCGCAUGUUUACGCUAUAGCUGAUAAGGCCUUCCGCGACAUGAAAGUGCUCAAGAUGAGCCAAUCAAUCAUUGUGUCUGGAGAAUCUGGAGCCGGCAAGACAGAAAAUACCAAGUUUGUUCUGAGGUACUUGACUGAGUCCUAUGGAUCAGGGCAAGACAUCGACGAAAGGAUUGUAGAAGCCAACCCCCUUUUGGAAGCGUUCGGAAAUGCUAAAACCGUCCGCAACAACAACAGCAGCCGUUUUGGGAAAUUUGUAGAAAUCCAUUUUAAUGAAAAGAAUUCCGUGGUUGGAGGCUUUGUAUCUCACUAUCUUCUGGAGAAAUCUCGAAUCUGCGUGCAAGGCAAGGAUGAAAGGAACUACCAUAUCUUCUACAGGCUCUGUGCUGGAGCACCUGAGGACAUCCGACAGAAACUCUUCCUAAGCUCUCCAGAUAAUUUUAGGUAUUUGAAUCGUGGCUGCACAAGAUAUUUCGCUUCUAAAGAUACAGAUAAACAGAUCCUGCAGAACCGCAAGAGUCCAGAGUAUCUCAAACAUGGCUCCCUCAAGGAUCCUCUUUUAGACGACCACGGAGAUUUCAAUCGGAUGUGUGUGGCGAUGAAAAAGAUCGGCUUGGAUGACACUGAAAAGCUCGAUCUUUUCCGAGUGGUUGCCGGAGUCCUGCACCUUGGAAACAUUGAUUUUGAAGAAGCUGGGAGCACCUCCGGUGGAUGUAACCUGAAGAACCAGUCCAGCAAGUCAUUGCAAUGCUGUGCCGCUCUGCUGGGUCUCGAUGAAGACGAUCUGCGUGUCAGUUUAACCACACGAGUUAUGCUUACAACAGCAGGGGGCACUAAAGGCACAGUUAUCAAAGUCCCACUGAAAGUGGAGCAGGCAAACAAUGCCCGAGAUGCUUUGGCCAAAGCAGUGUACAGCCGGCUGUUUGACCACGUGGUGAACCGGGUGAACCAGUGCUUUCCCUUCGAAACAUCCUCUUUUUUUAUCGGCGUCUUAGACAUAGCUGGAUUUGAAUAUUUUGAACACAACAGUUUCGAACAGUUUUGCAUUAACUACUGUAAUGAGAAGCUGCAGCAGUUCUUCAAUGAACGGAUCCUCAAGGAGGAACAAGAACUAUAUCAGAAAGAAGGUCUUGGUGUAAAUGAAGUCCAUUAUGUGGACAAUCAGGACUGUAUAGAUAUAAUUGAAGCAAAGCUAGUGGGUAUCCUUGACAUUUUGGAUGAAGAGAAUAGGCUCCCACAGCCAAGUGACCAGCACUUCACCGCUGCGGUGCAUCAGAAACACAAGGACCAUUUCCGUCUCACUAUUCCCAGAAAGUCCAAGCUUACAGUUCACAGGAACAUCCGCGAUGACGAGGGCUUCAUCGUCAGGCAUUUUGCUGGAGCUGUGUGCUAUGAAACCACACAAUUUGUGGAGAAAAAUAAUGAUGCACUACAUAUGUCGCUUCAAUCUCUUAUAUGUGAAUCCAAGGAUAAGUUUGUAGGCGAAUUAUUUGAAUCUGCCAAUAACAAUAAAGACUCCAAACAGAAAACAGGAAAACUUAGUUUCAUCAGCGUUGGCAACAAGUUCAAGACUCAGUUAAACUUACUACUUGAAAAACUCCGCAGCACUGGAUCCAGCUUCAUCCGUUGCAUCAAACCCAAUUUAAAAAUGACAAGUCAUCAGUUUGAAGGAGCCCAGAUUCUGUCACAGCUGCAGUGUUCAGGAAUGGUGUCUGUAUUAGAUCUAAUGCAGGGUGGGUUUCCAUCCAGGGCUUCGUUCCAUGAGCUCUACAACAUGUACAAGAAGUAUAUGCCUGCAAAGAUGGCUCGCCUGGACCCGAGACUUUUCUGCAAGGCUCUGUUUAAAGCCUUGGGCUUAAAUGAAAAUGAUUACAAAUUUGGGUUAACUAAGGUGUUUUUCAGGCCUGGCAAGUUUGCAGAAUUUGAUCAAAUCAUGAAAUCUGAUCCAGAUCAUUUAGCUGAGCUGAUUAAGCGUGUCAAUCACUGGCUUAUCUGCAGUCGUUGGAAGAAAGUCCAGUGGUGUGCGCUUUCAGUUAUAAAAUUAAAGAACAAAAUUAAAUACAGAGCUUCUGCUUGCAUUAAAAUGCAAAAGACCGUUCGGAUGUGGCUUUGCAAAAGGAAGCACAAACCCCGCAUUGACGGCAUGGUAAAAGUACGAACAUUGAAGAAAAGACUUGAUAAGUUUAACGAAGUUGUAAAUGCUCUUAAAGAAGGAAAACUCGAAAUGAGCAAACAAGUGAAAGACCUAGAAUCCUCCAUCGACGCGCUCCUCUCUAAGAUAAAGAAUACCAUAAUGUCGAGAGAGCAGAUCGAUAAAGAAUACGAUGCUCUUGUGAAGAGCUCGGGUCAGCUCCUCAGUGCCCUGCAGAAGAAGAAGAAAGAGGAAGAGGAGGCUGAGAGGUUGCGGCGUAUUCAUGAAGAAAUGGAAAGGGAGAGGAAGAGACUUGAGGCAGAAGAGGCCCUACGACGGAAGGAAGAAAAUGACCGUCGCUUAAAAGCCGAGAUUGAGGCAAAACGAAAACAGGAGGAAGAAGAGAGGAAAAAAAGGGAAGAAGAAGAAAAGCGAAUUCAGGCUGAGGUGGAAAUGCAGCUGGCCAGAGAACGAGAAGAAGAGUCCCAGCAGCAGACCAUACUUGAACAGGAACGCAGGGAUCGGGAGCUCGCCAUGAGGAUUGCACAGAGCGAGGCCGAGCUGAUCAACGAGGAGUUUAGUCCAGACUCCGCUCUGCGCAGUGGAAAGACAGAAGGCAUUCAGCCCUCUCCAGUACAUUCUAAAGCUGGCGGCGAAAAGACCAAAAUGACGAUGGACGAUAUGGCCAGAGAAAUGACAGACAUUCUUUCUAGGGGAGUUCAAGUUCAAGCUACAAAAUCAGCUGCAAGCAUCAAAAAGUAUGACUUAAGCAAAUGGAAAUAUGCCGAGCUUAGAGAUGCAAUCAAUACCUCCUGCGAUAUCGAGCUGCUAGCAGCCUGCAGGGAGGAGUUUCACCGGCGGCUUAAAGUCUACCAUGCUUGGAAAGCCAAGAAUAAGAAGCGCAACACAGAAACAGAGGAACGUGUCCCCAAAUCCAUCACUGACUAUGCUCAGCAGAAUCCAGUAGUUCAGCUGCCUGCACGGCAACAGGAGAUCGAGAUGAAUCGCCAACAGCGUUAUUUCCGCAUCCCCUUUAUUCGCCCGGCUGACCAAUACAAGGAACCUCAGAACAAGAAAAAAGGAUGGUGGUACGCACAUUUUGAUGGUGCAUGGAUUGCUCGUCAAAUGGAGCUUCACCCAGACAAGCCCCCGAUCUUGCUAGUAGCUGGCAAAGAUGACAUGGAGAUGUGUGAACUGAGUCUUGAAGAAACAGGCCUAACAAGGAAGAGAGGGGCAGAGAUAUUACCCAGACAGUUUGAAGAGAUCUGGGAGCGCUGCGGUGGAAUCCAGUACCUGAGUAAUGCAAUUGAGAGCAGACAAGCCCGGCCAACAUAUGCCACAGCAAUGCUCCAAAAUCUACUAAAAUAGUCCUCGUGGGAACGAGUAGGCACACCUACAGUAGCACCUUUGUGUUGGCAUAAAGGGAACAAACUCUGUAUAAGAGGAUCUAGACAUUCCAUAAUCAUUUAAUUGAGAUGUUUUAAUAUAAAGUGAACAGGUUUUAUUAAUUUGGGGGCUUUUAUUUCUUUUUCUGUUUUUUUGGUUGUUUAGUUGGUGGCAUAGCUAAAUAGUGUUGUGAAGCUAAACAAACAACACUUUUAUAGCCCUUUUUCCUGUUUUAUUUAACUUACAUCUGAAAUGAUGAGGCCUUACCUUAUAAGUAGUCGUUUGGGUGUACUUGAAGGCACGGAGGGGUGUACUUCCACAAGUACGCCUCACGUUAAAUGUUGUGCUUGAAUAUUGUGUUGUGUUAACCGAGUUAAUCUAAGUUGUGGCACCGUUUAAUAACAUGACCCUUGUCUACCGUAGUGUUGUUUUUUAUGGUUUAGGAUCGUCUUUUAAUUUAGACCAAUAUUUGCUGAUUUGAGUGCUCUAAUUUGAAAUGAAUUUACACGCGAAAAAAAAGUAAAAAAAAGGAGAACUACUUACGUGAACAAUAUCAAAUCGUACGUACGUUACUGCACUGACAUGUAAAAAGUAACAUUGACCCGCGCUAUUUUGUUGAUUACUUUCAAAUUGUACAAUAGAAGAAUGGGUUGUGUACCCAGAAAACAUUUGGUGUGGUAGCCUUUUAUAAAGUGUGUGGUGUCUGCUGCCGGCAUCUAGCCGUUUCCAUGUGGGAAAUUGGUAUGACUUAAGCGCUCUUAAGUAAGAUUGCGGGGAGCAAUUACACUCCCUCCUUAACCCGUCACCGAGAUGCUUUGAUUACUAUUAUUACUAAAUAAUAACUGAUCUAGUCAUAUCAGUAGCGUCCAGGAUCGUUAAUGUCCAACAGUACAGUCCAGUCUUUAAAACUCAUACAUGCUGACAUAUUACGUCAUAUUAAAUCCGAUAUUUGUGUCCAGCCUAUGCUUUCAUAUUGUAUUCAACCCCCGCCAUUAAAGGUGCUCGUUCGCCUCAUCUGCUGAAUUUAACAAUUUGGUAACUAAAUACAGCAUUAAAAAACAUCAUUCCUAUCCUAAAGAGUCAGACAAGCUAUCCGAGGCUAUGUAUGACUAAGGACAUCUUGUUAAAAGAUUACAGUUGUGUGCAUUAAUCAGCCUGAUGGAAGAAAACACUACAUAUUUUAUAAAGGGAAAUUAAGAAUUUUAUCUAUGUAUAAUUAAAAAAUUAGACACCAGUUAUUAUUUUCUCAUUUUGAAUAAGGAUGAAUGGCAGUUACCAUUUUGCUCUCCCAUCAGCAUCAUUCUGCUGUUUGUUGGUCACUUGGUAAUUUUUUAGUCUUGUGAUUUCUGAGAUUUGACAGAUGUCUUUCCAGGGUGAGAAACACUUUUCUAGAUAGAAUAUAGAAAGAAAUAUGGGAUUAUAACCCAUGGAUGGCCAACAGUUGGCCUCCAAGCUGCUUUGUUACCUAGCUAUGCUUUAGCUAUUGGUAUUGACGUUCUUGACUGCUGACCUGCUGUGUUUUUGAGUAUAUUAUCCCUUUACAAGCAUUAUCGUAACUCCUGAUUGCAGAAAAAAUUGUCGGAAAAAGGCAUACAGCCAGUUUAAAGCAAGGCUUUUAAAAUCACCAUAAAUAAUGAAAAAUAACAUUUGUGUGUGCAUCCGUUUGUUUUGCAUCAUCACCAAAAUCAGCGUCCCCUUGGAAGGCAUUCCUUUAAAAAAAAAAACUUGAUCUAAAAUGUAUAUUUUUUAUUUAUGUUUGUUUCUGGAAAUGAUCUCUUAAUACAUGUACUGUAUUGUUAGAAAAUAAAGCAUCCCCCUGCUA